CCUCGCAGCACAACGAUAUGCGUCCGCUGCCGACCGCGCUGGUCACGCUCCUGCUGGGCGUGGCCGUCUCCGGCGCCGGCCCCGAUUCAUACCGGGUCGGAUACGGCUCCUCGUACGGCCCAUCGUAUGGCCACAGGCCAAGCAGCGGCUACGGAGCGCACAGGUACAGGCCAGGCAGCCGCUACGGAGCGCACAGGUACACGCCAAGCAGCAGCUACGGAACGCGCAGGUACGGGGCAAGCAGCGGCUACGGAUCGACCCAGUACGGGUCCUACGGCGGGACCACGCACGGGUUUAGGCCCAGCGCCAGCAUCGGAGCGCCCGUGCGCAAGCCCAGCGCCAGCAUCGGAGCGCCCACUUUCGGCGGCGAGGACUUCGAAGAGCAGGAGCCCACCAAGUUUCCUGAAGGUGAUCAGCCGGACCACAUCAUCUCGUGGCGAGACGUGGACCCGAUCCGGCAAUACUCUUGGAACGAGGCGGACGAGGAAUGCCGCUCGCGUGGCCGCCGCCUCAUAUCCCUGCAGACUGCAGAGAAGGAUGCAUUCGCCGUGUCUGAGAUCAAAAGCGCCGACAUCCCUUAUAUUUGGACGUCCGGCACGAAGCAAGACGGGCUGUUCUUCUGGGACGAUGGGUCUCCCGUGGCGUCUGGCUACACCAACUGGAGUAAGACCGGCGGCGCCGGCGAGCCUCAGCCGGACGACAACGAAGGCUCCGAAGACUGCUUGGCAGUCCUCAACAGUUUCUACGACGACGGCAUCGUCUGGCACGACAUCGCGUGCCAUCACAAGAAGCACUUCAUCUGCGAAUGAGCCAGUGCUCGCCGCGCUGGUCGGUCCACGUGAGCCGAGUUCGUACCCCACUGUCAAUGACCACAUGUCGGACCUGUGCGGACAGGGUUGUACAAUGUACCCUGUUGCCGCAGUCAUGAAUAAAAAGUCAAGCAAU